AUACAAAGUUUGGUCGAGGCCCUGUGCUUCCAGACUAGCAAUGUGAAGGACAAACCCUAAAACAAACGGAUACUUGUAUAAACUACAUCCGUCAAAAUGGCGGACAAGUUGGUGUUCGUUGUUUGCUUAUGUCUUCUCCUAGCCCCAUGGCUGGAAGCAAAUCCGACAGGAUGUGUUGCAAAGCCCGGAAACUACGAUUCUACUAUUCCAACACAGUGUACAUACGGGUCAUUCUCGACGCCUUUAGCUCAGACGUCUUUUACGACUCUGUCCACGCAGAGAAUGGAGUUUGUGGAGUAUCAGACGUCAUUCACGUCCGCUCAGUUCUCAGCGUUUUCAAGCACAACUGGAUUCAGCACCAAGCAUCCAAACUCAAUUACGAUAGCCUGUAAGUCAGGGAUCUCCUCCUUUGCCUUUGGUUCCAAUGCGUUUUCAGAUUUCCCUAACGUGGUAGAAGUCACCAUUAUUAACUGCCCUAGUACCACUUUCCCAGCUUCUGUAUUCAAUGGACUUACUUUGAGUAAACUGACUAUCAAGGGCGGAAGCAUCGCAUCAAUAGACGCGGGAACAUUCACGGGACUAACCAUCACCAACAUGAACAUUACGUCCGAGGAGAGCGGACUUAUCAUCAAAGACUGUCCGAUCACAGGGACGCUACCGGAGGCCUUGUUCUCAACGCUAACCACUAUGGAAUACCUUAUACUAGAGGGACUGAACCUCGACCAACUAGAAACGACCACUUUUACUAAUUUGACCAGUCUUCGUUAUCUGAGCUUUGCCAAUAACAAACUUACGAACAUUACUGAGGGUAUCUUCGGCGAACUGAGAGCCCUCACUGAAAUCAAUAUGGACGAGAACCCGUGGUUGUGCGACUGCGAUUCCCUGUGGUUCUUGGACUACAGCCUUUACCACGGCAUCAAGCUCAGUGGAGGACCACUAUGUUCAACACCUGUAGAAUACAACUAUAAACGUGCAACGAAAUACUGGGACGAGGUAUGUCCAAAGCUUAACGCAUGUGGACACAAUGUAGGGGUUGCUAUAGCUCCAGCGACGUGCAUUCUGUUGGCUGAUUUUAUCAGUUACAUCCUCGUAGUCAUUGUUGUCAUCAUUUCAAGUAUAGCACUUGGAAUCAUCUGCAAGGUGCGCCGAGAUCUGAAAGCCGUACAGGACCGUCUGAAAAACAAGAGAGCUACGUCAUGGGGCCGCGUGCAGGAGAUGAUGAAGAAGAAAGAGGCCAGCAGUGGGGUAUCCCAGAAGCCACCGUUCCCGACCAAAACGGGAUGGGGAAAUUGACAUUUCAGAAUUUAUGUGUUUAUGUUAUUUUCUAAUGCAUGUAAGUUGUUUGUUUGAAACAAAUCAACUGAUUUAUGUUCUUUUUUUCUACAGUGUCGACAAUAUAUUCCUCUUUGUACUUGU